AUGUCAAAGAGCCUGUCCAGAAAUAUGCCCUCCUUUGCUACUCCCGUUCCUGAAACACCAAUUCAUUCCCAAAAUAUGCCCGUUGAAGAUUCUUCUGUGGCAAAUUCAAAUCCAACUGUUGAUGUUAAAAAGAUUGUUUUGUUAAAACGAAAUCCAAACAAUGUUACCGAUAAUAACAGUACACAAUCCGGUGCUGGGUCUAGUACUCUCAUUUCAUCCAUCGAUUUGAUGCAAACCCCAAGCAGAUCUGGUUCUUCAUCACCAAAUCUUGAAGUUGAAUUGACGCCUGAGCAAAGUGCACAUCUUGGAGAAAUAGAUUUCAAUACAGGUCUUGAUGGUUUCUUGCUGGCAGCACUAAAGAAUCCCAAAGAUAGAUUAUUUCUCUUAAAACUAGAUAGAGAAAUGGAACGGUUUAUUAACGAGAAAAAUCAUACAAGAUUGGAAUUUCCACCCAUGAAUUCCUAUCAACGACUAAUCGUCCAUCGUGUUGCACAAUAUUUUAAAUUAUCACACGUUGUUGACAGCAGCGGAAAGGCUGUCGUCCUGUACAAAUCAUCCGAUACACAAAUACCAAUCCUUCGAUUUUCGGAUCUUCUUGAGCAAGAGGAGGAAAAACCGGAAAAAUCAGUAAAGAUCAUGAGACGACAACAGAUAAAUGCUCAAUCACAACUUCGAUCUACUGGUGAUUCUGACAGCAAUUCCGAAGGGGAGCGUAAAAUUUUAACUAUUGAAGAACGGGAAGCUGCAUACCAAAAAGCAAGAGCAAGAAUAUUUAAAGAUUUGGAGCAAAAGAACGAGGAGAAUGAACAAGAUGAAAAUGAAGAAUCUGUGUCUUCAAGUCCAAACACAAAACAUUCUAAUAUCUCAAAUAACAAUGAUCAACAAAACAGUGACUUGACCUCUUCAAACAAAUCAAAAGGCGCUCAACAAACCAAGAGCGCAAAUGCAAACAAUAAUAAAAAUAAUAAACAAUCACAACAAACCAAUAAAACUGUCGGAAAUAACAAAAAUUCAACUAAUAAAACUAGUGUAAAUACUGUAAAGAAUCGGCAACAACAGACACAAAGGUUACAAACGAUUAAUUUCAAUCUUCCAAUUGAUCGUUCAUUUUAUAUGUCUAAACAACCACGACCGGUUGGUAAUUUUCCGGGUCCUCCGCCCAUGAUGCCGCCAGGACCAUUUGGACCUCCAUUCUUCGGUGGACCACAUUUAAACAUGUAUGAUGUGAACAUGUUACCUAUUCAACCUCCAAUGCUACCACCGGAGAUGCACCAUAUGGGAAAUCCUUACAUGAACGUUCCUCAUGAAUGGAAUCCUACGCUUGCUGGGCCGUAUGGUCGUCCAAAUGUAAGGAAUGUAUGGGGUGAAUCGUUUAAUGCACCUCCGGAAAUGGGUGGUGGGCCAUCUCUAUUCAAUCAGCAACCAAAUACUGGAAAUUCUUUUUUACCACGUCCCACUCAACAAAAUGAUACAAAUUUUGCGUCAACCCAAGGUCAUAAUCCUUUGAAAUAUAUGAAUCAACACCCACAAACUACUUCAUUUGGAGAAACAAAUCAUGUAGUUAAUUCGUCUGCAUCCACCGCAGAUGGAAACUCUAAUAAAUUAACAUCGGCUCGAGAUGGAACUACUUCACCUAAUUCUCCAAUAUCCCAAACUGGAUUUGAAAAUAAUAAUUCUCUUUGGACUAAAAACCAGUGGGGAAAUAUGACUAGUGGUGAAGGAACGAGUGAGAAUAAAUCGAAUGAUCAACAAUCUGACCAAAAACGAACGAACAAUAGACCUUCUACGUUUGUUCCUACACCUCAACAACGUGAAGGACCAGUGAUUCUUCAAUUCGCUCAAGCAUCAGCGGAAUUUUCAUCGCAGAAUACAUCCGGAUUGCCAAUGAUGCAUCCUCAUAUGUAUCCAGGAUUCGUUCCAACACCGAUAUCAGGGCCGGCUUCUGGUCCUCGACGUAAUAAUAAUGGUAAUCAAAUGUUUCCAGGACCAGUACCUCCGGAGCACGUAAGUUUGCCACGUAUGAACAUGAUACCCCCUCCAAUUAUGGGAUUUCCUCAACAACCUGCAUCACUGACUGGUGCCAUAAGACCUCCAAAGUCCUCAGAGUUAUUUGAUCCGAAUCAUUCAAUACAAUCAUCAAAUAUUGCAACAUCUGCCUCCGAUUCCAUCUCACCCACUUCAGUUCAGCCAUCUUCUGGUACGUUAACGUUAGUACCUUUACCAUCCAGGCAUUCACCGCCGGUAACAUCAUCAAAAGGAUCAUCUAUUUCAAAUAAUAAAACAACUGCCACAUCAUGUGCCGGAGUACCUACUGGAACAAAAGUUAUAAAUCAGAAUCAUGUUAACACCCGUCGAAAAAAUAACGGAAAUGAUACUUCAACUAAUGCAAAUCAUAACUCCGUUGUGAAUGGUACUAUGAUGCGGUCGCUGAGCCUUUCUUCAAACCAUUCGCAGGGAAAAAAUCAGAGUAAUCACCACCGUGCAUCUUCCACAUCACCAUCAGGAAAUAACAAAAAGAAAGAAGGUGGGCUGUUGUUUGAUUAUUCCAUGCAAGUACCAUACGAAGGUGUUAAGCCCAGUGAAGCUAACGAACCACCACAACCAAAUCAUAUUAUCGAACUUUAUGAUUUUGCUGAAUCUGACGAUUUAAUUGAUAUUACAUUUGCUAACGCAACUAUUAAAAUGAUUUUUCCACCCCAAAAUUUGCCUACCAAGCGACCGACAAUUUUAGCUAUCUUUAAGACUUCGCGCGAGGCUAACAAAGCAAUGCAAAAUUUUAGAGGUGUAAGAUUCAAAAUCAAGACAUGGGAACCUUUGGUGAAAAAUAAUGGAAGUAAUAUCACACUUUCCAAUGUUGUCGAUUAG